CCUGGCUGUUCUUGCAACAAAAAUCAUUGGAACCUACAGGAGUAGAGACAGAUAUACGUUGUGAAAUCUUCUCCUUAGAAGACUCGGUAAGUCUCUGGUGAUAAAGUAAAAAAGUAGUAUCUUGCUACUAGGUUAAAGUUUAUACUUGGAGGGGACCGUAGAAUAUUUUUAAGCUGGAGAAUGACUUGGUAAGUAAGACCUGUGCUAAAGCUGAAGGAUACUUUUACUUACAUUUGUGUUAAACAUAGAUUGGAAGUGAAAGGACCUAGAUUGUGAGUGAUCAAUUAGGGGAUGUUAGACUAAUCCAGGCAAACACUGAAAUGGGUGGUGGUAGUGUAGGAGUAGUGAAACUAUGUGUUAAUGUCCUGGAUGAAGGGCUGGGUUUAUGGGGCAAAAUGAAAGUGGUAGUAUCUUCAGUAUAUUGGUUAAUGGAAAAAGUAUCAUUAGAAAUUAAUUUUUCUAUAUUGACAAGCAUUCCUAGUAACUCCCGCAUUAGACUUACAGUAAUUUAUCCAUUUUCUGAGAAAAAGGAAAGGAAUAAAACAAAUUAUAAUUCAAUGAACUUCAAGUCCAAUGAAAAUUCUAAAUUGUUAAAGAGCUAGUUGGUGAAUGUCUAGAAAGGGAAGCAGUGAUUACAAAAAUUUAAUAUGAUUUCUUAAAGAAUUACUACAGACUAACUUAUUUCCUUUGUUGAUUCUUACAAACUGGUAGAUGAGAGGAGUGUUGUAAUUAUUACUUAACUAGGUUUUUUUGAAGUUUUUUAUAAAGCAUGUCAGUGUUGUUCUUGUGGAGAAGAUGGACCUAUGUAAACUAGAUAAUAGAUUCAUAAGUUGUCAGAUUGCUUAAACUCAGAAUUAAUGGUACAAUGUCAAUAUAGGAUAAUAGCAUAGAAAGUGGAAGAGACCUUUGAGUUCAUUGAGUCCAGUUCUCUUAUUUUAUAAAUCAGACAAUCAGGGAGGUCAGGUAACUUGCCCCAAAUUGUAUAGCUAUUAUGUGUCUAAAACAGUUUUCGAAACCAGGUCUUCUGAGAAUGGUAAGAGGUUGGUCUCCUAUGAAACAUUCCAGAAAAUUGUGUUUGGCUUUGUGCUAAUUGACAUUUUAUCAAUUACUUGGUUAAAGGCAUACAUGGUAUGUUAGAUUUGCAGAUGCCACUAUGGAAAACUAAAUGACAAGAUUCAAAAAGACUUUGGCAGAUUAGAGAAUUAGGCUGAAUCCAGUAAGAUGGAAUUUAGUAAGGAUAGAUACCAAAUGUUAAACUUGAGUUUUUUUUAAAAAAUCAGCUUAACAAGGAGCAGAAGAUGAAAAGGCAGGGCUAGAUAAUAGUUUGAAAAAGAUAUGAGGUUAUUGGUCAACUGCAGUUCAACUUCAUUAUGAGUCAUCAGUGUGAUAUGGUAACCACAAAACCUGAUGUGAUCAUAGGCUGUGUUAAAAGAAAUAUACCUUCUAGGAACAAAGAAGUAAUAGAAUAGUUACACUGUAUUGUCCUCAUACCUUAUCCUCAUGACCUUAUCUGAAGAGCUGUGUUCGAUUUUGUACAACACAGUUUAAGGAUAUGGAUAAGGGGGUGAGUCUUCUAGAGGAAGCUGGAUACCUCCUUGUUGAGCUAUGCUAUAUUGGAGUUUCGUUCAGCAAAUUCGUGAAUAGGUCAUGGCACGCUUAACAAAGAGACGACAAGCUGAUACAAAAGCUAUCCAGCAUCUUUGGGCAGCAAUUGAGAUUAUUCGAAACCAGAAGCAAAUUGCUAACAUUGAUCGCAUUACAAAGUAUAUGUCUCGAGUCCAUGGUAUGCAUCCAAAAGAGACAACACGUCAGCUGAGCUUAGCAGUGAAAGAUGGGCUCAUUGUUGAGACCCUAACUGUGGGCUGCAAGGGGUCUAAGGCUGGUAUUGAACAAGAAGGCUAUUGGUUACCAGGAGAUGAGAUUGACUGGGAAACAGAAAAUCAUGAUUGGUAUUGUUUUGAAUGCCAUUUGCCUGGAGAAGUGUUGAUAUGUGACCUGUGUUUUCGAGUUUAUCAUUCCAAGUGUUUAUCUGAUGAGUUCAGGCUUAGAGACAGCAGUAGCCACUGGCAAUGUCCGGUUUGCAGGAGUAUUAAGAAAAAAAAUACAAGCAAGCAGGAGAUGAGCACAUACCUGAGAUUCAUUGUUUCCCGCAUGAAGGAGCGGGCUAUAGAUUUGAACAAAAAGGGGAAAGACAAUAAGCACCCAAUGUACAGAAGAUUGGUACAUUCAGCUGUUGAUGUUCCCACAAUACAAGAGAAAGUGAAUGAAGGAAAGUACCGAAGUUACGAAGAAUUUAAAGCUGAUGCUCAACUUCUUCUCCACAACACAGUGAUUUUCUAUGGAGCGGACAGUGAACAAGCUGACAUAGCCAGAAUGCUCUAUAAAGAUACAUGUCAUGAGCUGGAUGAACUGCAGCUUUGCAAGAACUGUUUCUAUUUGUCAAAUGCACGUCCUGACAACUGGUUCUGCUAUCCUUGUAUACCUAAUCAUGAGCUGGUUUGGGCCAAAAUGAAAGGUUUUGGAUUUUGGCCAGCCAAAGUCAUGCAGAAAGAGGACAAUCAAGUUGAUGUUCGCUUCUUUGGUCACCAUCACCAAAGGGCCUGGAUUCCAUCUGAAAAUAUACAAGAUAUCACAGUUAACAUCCAUCGAUUGCAUGUGAAACGCAGUAUGGGAUGGAAAAAGGCAUGUGAUGAGUUGGAACUACAUCAACGCUUCCUGCGUGAAGGAAGAUUUUGGAAAUCUAAAAAUGAAGAUCGAGGUGAAGAAGAAGCAGAAUCCAGCAUCUCUUCUACCAGUAAUGAACAGCUGAAAGUCACUCAGGAACCAAGAGCAAAGAAAGGCCGGCGUAAUCAAAGUGUGGAACCCAAAAAAGAAGAACCAGAGCCUGAAACUGAAGCUGUAAGUUCCAGCCAGGAAAUUCCCACAAUGCCUCAGCCAAUAGAAAAGGUUUCAGUCUCAACUCAGACCAAGAAGUUAAGUGCCUCUUCUCCAAGAAUGCUGCAUCGGAGCACACAGACCACUAAUGAUGGAGUGUGUCAAAACAUGUGCCAUGACAAAUACACCAAAAUCUUUAAUGAUUUCAAAGACCGAAUGAAAUCUGAUCACAAGCGGGAGACUGAAAGGGUUGUACGAGAAGCACUGGAGAAGCUGCGUACUGAAAUGGAGGAAGAAAAAAGGCAAGCUGUAAAUAAAGCUGUGGCCAAUAUGCAGAGUGAGAUGGACAGGAAAUGUAAACAGGUAAAGGAAAAGUGUAAAGAAGAAUUUGUAGAGGAGAUUAAGAAGCUAGCAACACAGCACAAGCAACUGAUUUCCCAGACCAAGAAGAAGCAAUGGUGCUACAACUGUGAAGAGGAAGCCAUGUACCAUUGCUGUUGGAAUACGUCCUAUUGCUCGAUCAAGUGUCAGCAGGAACACUGGCAUGCUGAACAUAAACGCACCUGUCGCCGAAAAAGAUGAAAGCUGUAUAUUCCUCCUCCUCAAGAGAGAGAGAGCGAGAGAGAGCGAGAGAGAGAAUCACCCCGAUGAUUUCUAUUCUCAGACAAAGCGGUUUUUGUUUCCAAGAAGCCAAAAUUGUUUAGAAUUUGCUUCCCAUUUUGCACCAGCCUUUAAACACUUUUCGUGAAGAAAUUUUGCACAGUAGUUUAAAUCUUCUGUUCAUGCUCCUCCAGAUUUUGUCAGUAAGUAAGAUUAACAUCAGUGGAGGGUAUUUUAAGGGUUAUUUUAAAUGAAUUUUAAUUGAGGAUUUGUUGCAUUUUCAGCAAAUUUUAAAACAUUUUUAGGUUUUACAGAGAUUUUAACCUUUAAACAACAGAUCUUUAAAAAAAACAGGUGAAUAUAAGUGAGUUUAACAAAGAAACAUUUAAAAUAGAUCUGAAUGUAAGAAAUAUAGAACUGUUUCAGAAAUAAAACAUACUACCUUGAUGUAACAUUUAUUUCUUAACCUUGUUGAGCUGGUUUUGUUCAGCUUAAUUUACUGUUUAAAGGCAUUAUCUAUUGGUUAUGCCAGUGGGUAUAUGAUUGAAUUUAGGGAACAGGGUUGACACAGCAGGUGCUAGUCCUGCAUAUUUUUUCUUAAAUAUUUCCCAAUUGUGUUUUUCAUUAUUUCUUUUCAAUAUAUAACUUUUAUAACAAAUUAUUAGCUUUGAUCUUGUAGUUUAAAAUUGCAGGGAACUGGGGUAAUCUUUUACUGAGCUGGAUCUUAGAGAAAAUGAAUAUUUAAAUUUUAAAGUUUGCACAUUUCAUUCUUGUCCUAACACGAGUGCUUGUAACAAAACAAGGAAAAGCCAAAAACUACCUUUAUUCAUACAUGAAAUUUUAGAUGAGGCAUACAAAUUUCUUUAAUGCUUCCCUUCCCUCCCCAAAUAUCAUCUGACUGCCUAUUAUCUGGUGUCACCUAGUCCAUUGUAAGUUAAUAUUCAAAGGAAAGAAAGCACUUAAGUGUCACAGAAGCCGUUAUGUUUGUAGUAAUGGGUCAUUGCCUGUUAAUGAGCUCCAUCACUGUACACAGAAUGAAGAAUAAUGCAUGUUAAUUUUCUUGUAUUAAAGAUGCCGUGAUUUGUAAAAAGUCUGUAUUUUGAGGAAUGUCUGGAUUAAGAAGCAUUACCAAUAGGAAUGGAUCGAUAGUUGAAUAAUGAGUUUUUUUAUACAUAGCUAUAUAAAUCACAUCCAGUAAAACUUAAAUUUCUUUUCUUUUAAAAAGUCUCAUAAUUUGUUUUUUAAAAGGCUGAUUGAUCUUAGACCAAGUCAAAUUCCCUUUAUCAUCUAGCUAUUUUUGAGAAGUUAGAGAAAUAAUUUGUAAAUAUUUAUUUAGAUCUUUGAUAUUUAUUAAAGCAAUUACACACAAUGGAAGUGAAAUAAUAAGGAGAAAAGCCUUUUUAAAAGUUUUCUCUGGGUUUCGUCAGGGUCACUCUAAAUACAAAAAUCUAACUCAACUUUCUUUGAAAAAAAAAUCCAAACCUAAUGUUGUUGCAGAUGGUGGUGACACAACUUAAUUGACCAGCAACUGCCAAAUAAUGCACAAUAUUUUGCAGAAAUGACAUAGCAGCCCUAUUCAAAACAACAUGCUAAAUUACACAGUAACUUGCAUUAUUUCUUGUUUCUGUGUAAUUAAUCCAUGUUGCCAUUUUGCUGUGGCACUGGUGAGGUCCAUCAUAGUAGAAGAAAAUUAAUCUUUCAGUUAUUUUACAAAUUCCCAAACUUCGAUCCACCCCUAUGAAAGCAAGUUAUUGUGGAAAUAUUUUUGGUGUAAAAUCAUUCCAGAGUAUGUACUAUUUAACUGAUAGCUGCAUGAAAGUAAGAUUCGUGUUACUUUGGCUUUUUCGUCUCUGUUGACACGGUUGCACAUUUCCAAGUUACUACAGCGUGAAAACUGUGUGUUUAAAAAAAACAAAAAAAAAAAAACAAAAAAAGACAUUGUGGCCUGGUUUUGUAUAAGUUUUAGGUAAAAUUACAAUUGAUUGUUUUAGGAAUCAUUAUUAAAAAUUAAUUUUCUGCAAAUCAUAAAGCUAUAUUACGGUGUUGAGCUUAGCCACUAUGCACAUUGUAAUUAUUCAUUGUGGCUGUCCAGUUCUAUGAUGCAUUCUGGCAUUUUGUAAGCUGCUCUGACUAGCAAUAUAUAGAGUCAUUUAAUGUGUUAACAUUGGUUAAUAAAUGUAUUUAAAAAAAUCACUGGCUUAAUAAAGUGUCAAUCUAGUUCAGUCCCCUGCAUCUAAAUACAACUGCAGCUGAAUGCUGAUUCUGUAUUAUGGGUCAUUUACUGGCAACCAUUUUCCUUAUAAAAGAAUAAUUUUAUUAAAAUAAUUCUCCUACAAACAACAUCUAUUUAAAUCAAAACUGCAUUCACAAUUUUUUAAGUUGUGUUUUCUACCAUGGUUAACAAGAGGAUAUAUGCAUAUAUAUGCAUUGAGGAACCUGAUAAAUUCAGUGCCGCCAUAUUUAGAUUUUUUUCAGGAAAACUGUUUUGGUUAAUAAAACUAUAAUCUAAGAAAGUUGGUCUGGUUUCUGCAUCAUGCAAAACUGGGCAAACAAUUAAAAAAAUGUUUGUUAGCAAAGAAUUAAACUCAAAGCUUUUUUUUUUUUUAAGAUUUUUUUCCCUUUAAUUUUCUAUUCAAUGUUCUCUUGACUAUUUAACUAAGGCACAACAAAUUUGAAUCAUCUGCCAGGAAGUCCUUACUUUUAAGUUACUGGGAUUAGAAUGUUGUUAUUUCAGCUAAAAAACAGAAAUGCUUAUUCUUUUAGGAAUUGUGCUGUCAUUGAAAUUUGUUAACACGUAUAUAUGGGAUAUGUUCACAUGUAUGUAUUUGUGUCAUUUCUUGGGCCAUACCCUUUCUUCUUCUUCACCCUGCUACUCUCAUCCACAGGUGGAGGAGAUCCCAUUGAUCCCAAAGGGAACUCCAGCUGCAGGACAUGUCCAGAGAGGAAGGAAAAUCCUCAUUGUAAUCACUUCCAACAUUCAUUGUUUGACCAUUUCUGUGUAUUAUCUUUGGAUCUCUAUAUAGUGUGUGUCACAAAAAAAAAAGAAAGAAAUGAAAGAAAACAUCAAAAAGAAUUUAUUUCUUUGUAAAUUGAAUAUAAAACACAACUCUUGGAUUCUCA